AUGCUAACCCGCCCCUCUCCGCCGGUGCCGGUGCCGGUGCUGCUGUUGUUGUUGCUGCCGCCGCCCGGUGCGGAGCCGUGGAGCCCGGAGGUGGCGAUCCGCUGUCCGCUGUGCUCGGAGGAGCGGAGGGGCGGCUGUAAGGUGCCGGUGGGCUGCGAGGAGCUGGUGCGGGAGUCGGGCUGCGGCUGCUGCGCCACCUGCGCCCUGUCCCGGGGCAGCGCCUGUGGGGUCUACACCUCGCGCUGCGGCUCCGGACUGCGCUGCUUCCCCCGGACCGGAGCCCACAAACCCCUCCACUCCCUCAUCCACGGCCACGGGGUCUGUAUGGAGCCCUCGGACAUCCAACAGGUCAGAGUGACCCUACCCAGGCCAGAGAACGAAGAUUACUGGGAGCCGGAGCUCACAGAGAGCAGCCACAUCCGCUGUCACACCCACGACAAGAAGUGCAUUGCCAGGUACUGGGCGAGGAUCCGGGAAAAAUCCCACAGCAGCAGCCGCUCCAAGAACAUCAGCCCCAGCCUGAGCCGGGACGAGCCACAGAUAAUGGGUCCAUGUUAUGGAGAGCUGCAGAGAGCGGUGGAGAGGUUUGCUAUGUCACAGGGUCAAUCACCAGAGGAUCUGUACAACAUUCCCAUCCCCAACUGCGACAGGAAAGGAUAUUUUCACUCCAAACAGUGCCACCCCUCAAUGCACGGGCAGCGUGGCAAGUGUUGGUGCGUGGACCCCAAGACGGGCAUGAAGAUGGCGAGUCGUGCGGAGGUGACAGGCGAGGUUGAUUGCCAGCGGGCGCUGGCGGAACAGACGAGCGAGUGAGAGCGGGGGAGUUGGGGAGCGACGUCUCCAGGGAGACACACCCAGGACUCUCCCAAGGACUGCACGUUCCCUUUGGUGCUGUUGAUACUGAGAAGGAAGCGCUCACACUCACUGCCUCGGUCUAGCUGUGAACUGCUGUAUCCGUACCAGCCAGGACCGACCAUCUGCCCUCACCCCAGCCAACACUGUGUGCUGCCCAGCUGCUCCCAAACCAUCCUCCGCUCCUCUCUGAAAUACCCUCUGCUUACAGAGUCCUUCCGCAACACAACACACUCUAGAGGUCUGUUUUUUGCUCACCGUUUUUUGCUUGUUGCUGCGUGAGGGCCCGUCUCGUAUUGACGCACCAGCAACGAGACCCUGACCCCAAUUACCCCCUCCCCUUUCCCCCAUCCCACCCAUUCCCCUCCCCGUUCCCACCGCGCUCUCACUAUCUCGGGCCAGGCCGUGCGCGCAAAAGACGGAGUCUUGUCUUGUGACUGUGCCCAAGGGUAGGAAUCGUUACUCUCGGAGAUUCGGAAGCGGAAUGGAAAUGGUUGACCAGACCAGUGCAGACUGGUCGCCUCUGGGCCAUUCUCUCUCUCCAUUAGCCUCGUUCGUACCUGGCUCCCCACCCCCACCCCCUUUCACGACGCUGCACCUCUCAGUUUAGCACUCGGAUGAUUUGGAGGUGCUCAGGCUGUGAUACAUCGAAAGCUCCUUCCCCCACACCCCUGCCUCCACCCACACACACUCCCCACGAGUUGAGCAGGAAGAUUCCCUUUUCCUCAGUAACCGGUGGCUGUUUCUCUGAUGUUUAAACCAUCUACUCCCACCAGCUCCUCUCACACACACACACACACAUGCACACUCAUGCUCUCAUCACCUUCCCUGCACAUAAUAUACACCCAUGUGUAUCCCCACCACAUAUGUCACCCAGGUGUCAGUCUUGCUCAGUUCAUGUCACCCUCACCUCUCGAGUAAGAAAGUUUUGGGUUCAAGCCCCCACGUGUAUUUUGUAGGUGAACACGGCAGCUAAUUUUGCACACAGCGACGUCCGACAGACAGCCAUGAAGCAAACGAUCAUUUUUUAAACUUGGGGGAUGUUGGCCUUCUGUUUUUCCAAUACCACCUUGAGCGAGAUCUGUAAUGUCCACCUGUCCAGGUAGAUGGCACACGUCCUCGGUUUGGGGGGAUGGGUGGGGGGGUUGCAGGGCUGGUGUCCUGUGUGUGUGUGUGUGUGUGAGGGCUUGGCUGGUGUACUCUGUCUCGGUGGAUGCACAUCUUCAAACAGAAGAGAAACGACACAGGCCAGUGUAACGCUCAUCCCUGAAACGAUACCUUCAUGACUGCGAUAAUCUCACAAUCUCAAAAGUAUUUUGUACCUUUUUUUCCUUUUUACGGUCUAUUUUACGGUCUGUUGUGAAGCUUUGCUCCAGCUUUUAGUCCAGUCGCCCUGUGUGGCCAAACUUGCCUUUCAAAUGUUGUUGCUUUUUUUUUCCUGGUGCAAAUUCAGUGUUUGGAUGAGGAUGCACGGAGUGAGGAUUAAGGCUAUAUUGAGUGACAGUGGAUGGAAAGAGGAUACACUGACUGAGGUUAUAUGGAGUGACAGAGUGCAGAAUGACGGUGUACUUCCAUGAGAAGGUGGGAGAGAGAGGGAGAGAAUUGCAGUGGGGGGGAGAGAGAAGGGGGUGGAGAGAGAGACAGGGAUGGAGACAUGGGACACAGGUGGAGAAAGGGAUGUGAAGAGAUAGAGAGGGAGGUGGAGAGAGUGUGAAUGAUGGGAGUGACAGUAUAUGAUAGGAAUGAGGGUGCACAGAGUUAGAUGCCACAGAGUGAGAGUGUAUGGAGUGAGUGAUGGGAGUGGAACCACAUUAAAUAGGUGGAGAUGCAGGAACAUGACAGGUAUUUUGAAGUGUUUAUUGUAAAAAAAAAAUUUUUUUUUUUUUGCUUGAACAUUAAUACAGAAACCUUAAUUCUGUGCUUUUUGGGACAUCUGUUUCCAUUUUUUCUGUUUUUUUUAAAAUAUAAUUUUGUAACUUUCUUUGCAAGUAUGUGAGUCUUUGGUCAAAUGAUAGAUUAAAUCUAACUGUCUCCAUUUCCCUAA